GCGCUUCGGGAGGUUUUCGCGCGCAGACGACGCAGCAGAUCUGGCAAGAAGGGAACAGGCUACACUUCCCAGAAACCUCUUUGUCUUUUUUUUUUUCCCAUAAGGCAACAAGAGACUACAAUUCCCAGCAGCUCUUUAUCUCCCAGGCUCCCUUGCAACUGCAAUGCGGGAGGUCGGCUGCCUCUGUUGAAUGGGCAGGAAGGAUUUGCAAGAUUUGCAGCGUGGUCGGCGCGCAAAAGCCUGUGGUGUCCACUUUGCAAAAGUUGGUAAGGGUGGGAUCAGAAGGGACCCCUUUAUUUCUGGGGGGGGGGGUGCGUUGACCUUGGAUCAUGAAGACGGGGAGCCCCUUCUCGAGUGAUCCGAGUUCUUGCUUUCGUUUCUCUCUUGCAUGAUUUUGCAGCCGCAAAGAAGGGGAAGGGGCCUUGCAGUCCCGCUUUGUGCUCUUGGAAGGCGACCGAGAGUAAGGAUAAGGUCUUUACAAAUUACAAAUUAUGUUGUGUAGGGAGGUGGGGCUCGACUGAGGGAGAUUCGCCUCUUGCUAAGGUGGAAGAGACAGGAAGUGAACGGUGGCGAGCUGCAAGGCGUUCUGCUUUUUCUGAUCUAGCAAACUUUUUGAAAUGUUUACGGUAAUGGUUUUGUUGAACUUUGCUGCGUCAAAUGUGCGGUCUGUAUUUGACCGCCUUUGCAAUGUUUUCUUUUGAAUUUUUUAAAGAUAAUAUACGUUGCUUUGAAUGUGUAUUUUAUAUACAGUAUUACUUUACCCAGUAAUGUUUUAUUCUGAACUUAAUGCGUUGCAAACCGCUCUGAGAUUUUUUUUCUUUUUAAAAUAUAUAAAUCAGUAUGACAAUGACAUGAAUUACAGUAAUAAUUCUAUACAGAAAAAUAUUUUGCAGGGUGCAAAGGGCCCCACUUUUCUCUUUAUUGAUUGUGUGAUUUUGCAGAACUGUGCGUUGCCCAUAUUUUUAAGAAAGAUCCUUUGGGCCUCUCCAAAUAAUUUUAUAUGCACUUGCAAUCGAAAUUAUUCAAUCCCCAUUGCAAAUCAGGUUUAUUAUCAAGGUUUACAGACUUUCAGCUGUUUGCAAUGAGCAAAUCAAACAAAAGCAAUUGAAAUAACGCAAUGCAACUACGGUUGUACCUUGCAAGUCGAACGGAAUCCAUUCCGGAAGUCCAUUUGACUUCCAAAACAUUCGGAAAGCAAAGCACGGCUUCUGAUUGGCUGUGCGUAGCUUUUAGAAGACAUCUGAAGGCAGCCCUGUAUCGGGAGGUUUGUAAUGUUUGCUGUUUUUGUUAUAUUGUUUAUAACAUUGUUUAUAUAUUGUAAGGUAUCCAGAGUGGCUGGGGAAAUCCAGCCAGAUGGGUGGGGUAUAAUAAGAAGAAGAAUAACAACAACUACAGUGGUGCCUCGCAAGACGAAAUUAAUUCGUUCCGCAAGUUUUUUCUUCUUGCGAGUUUUUCGUCUUGCGAUGCACGGUUUCCCAUAGGAAUGCAUUGAAAAUCAAUUAAUGCGUUCCUAGGGAAACCGACUUCAGACCAGGUCCGGGGACAGUCUGUCCCCGACCUCUUCUGAAGGCUGGGGGGGACAAGGGCUUUUCUUCCCACCCACCCCAGCAUUUUAAAACCCCGGGACAGCGGAGGGCUUCUCCGCUGUCCGGGCGAUCUUAAAAUGCUGGCGGGCGGCAUUUAAAAUUGCCCGGGACAGCGGAGGACUUCUCCGCUGUCCGGGGCAAUUUAAAGCCCCUGGGAAGGCAGGCAGGGGGACAAAGACUUUGCCCCCGCCAGCCUUCAGAAGAGGUCCUGGACCUCUUCUGAAGGUUGGCGGGGGCGAAAGUCUUGUCCCCCCACCUGCCUUCAAAAGCUGUCCAGCCAAGGCUUCGCGGACCUCUCCGCAAGCAGCGGCAGCACUGCCGCUGCUUGCGGAGAGUUGCCGGCAUGCCGAAGCCUGCGCGCGCUGAGAUCAGCGCGCCCAGGCUUCGCGGACCUCUCCGCGAGCAGCGGCAGCGCUGCCGCUGCUUGCGGAGAGUUGCCGGCAUGCCGAAGCCUGCGCGCGCUGAGAUCAGCGCGCCCAGGCUUCGCGGACCUCUCCGCGAGCAGCGGCAGCGCUGCCGCUGCUUGCGGAGAGUUGCCGGCAUGCCGAAGCCUGCGCGCGCUGAGAUCAGCGCGCCCAGGCUCGCGGACCUCUCCGCGAGCAGCGGCAGCGCUGCCGCUGCUUGCGGAGAGUUGCCGGCAUGCCGAGCCUGCGCGCGCUGAGAUCAGCGCGCCCAGGCUCUCGCGGACCUCUCCGCGAGCAGCGGCAGCGCUGCCGCUGCUUGCGGAGAGUUGCCGGCAUGCCGAAGCCUGGGCGCGCUGAGAUCAGCGCGCCCAGGCUUCGCGGACCUCUCCGCGAGCAGCGGCAGCGCUGCCGCUGCUUGCGGAGAGUUGCCGGCAUGCCGAAGCCUGCGCGCGCUGAGAUCAGCGCGCCCAGGCUUCGCGGACCUCUCCGCGAGCAGCGGCAGCGCUGCCGCUGCUUGCGGAGAGUUGCCGGCAUGCCGAAGCCUGCGCGCGCUGAGAUCAGCGCGCCCAGGCUUCGCGGACCUCUCCGCGAGCAGCGGCAGCGCUGCCGCUGCUUGCGGAGAGUUGCCGGCAUGCCGAAGCCUGCGCGCGCUGAGAUCAGCGCGCCCAGGCUCGCGGACCUCUCCGCGAGCAGCGGCAGCGCUGCCGCUGCUUGCGGAGUGUUGCCGGCAUGCCGAAGCCUGCGCGCGCUGAGAUCAGCGCGCCCAGGCUUCGCGGACCUCUCCUGCCUUCAAAAGCAGUCCGGGAUAGCAGGGAAGCGCUUCCCGCUAUCCCGGACGGCUUUUAAAAUGCUGGCGGUGGGGAGCAAAGCCUUUCGGCCCCCGCCAGCCUUCCUGGACCUCUUCUGAAGGCCGGAGGGGGGGGGAAGGCUUUGCUCCCCACCGCUAGCAUUUAAAAGAGGUCCCCGGAGAUUUCCCUAUGGGCUUUCGUCUUGCGAAGCAAGCCCAUAGGGAAAUUCGUUUUGCGAAGCGCCUCCAAAACGGAAAACCCUUUCGUCUAGCGGGUUUUCCGUCUUGCGAGGCGUUCGUCUUGCGGGGCACCACUGUAAUGUACUUUAUUGCAUUUAUGAUCCUAUUUUUCCCUCCAAGGACCUCAAGGUGUGAUACAUGGUUCUCCCUCACCCCAUUUCUUCCUCACAAUGUUCCUGUGAGGUACCGUUAGGCUGAGAGAGAGUGGAUUUAGUCUAGCACUGUCGCAGGAACCCCCCCCCCCCCGUCAUUCAGUUUGUACAAACUUCACACACGCUCACACACUACAUACGCUACGCUUCUGUUAUAAAUUCAUAGAAAAUCAACCAUACAUUGGAUUUGCACUGUUCCACUUUUAUUUUAUUUUAUUUUAUUUUUUAAAUGAUUUUUAUUAAGGUUUCAGUAAAAAGUUAAACAGAAAAACAUAAAAAAGAAAUACACAAAUACACAGUACAUAAUCCAAAAAAAGAAAAAAAACGCAGAGAACAGAAAAAAAAAAAAGAAACAGAACAAUUAAAAACAAUAUCACCUUUUCAUUUCCAUUUUUUAAAUUUACUUAUUUUCUGGACCUCCUCAUACCUCCCUCUUUUGUAUUCCAGUCCAAAUUGUUUGUCCAGCAAUUUCUUUUCCACUUUUUUAAUCCCAAUCUUUAAUCUUAAUGUUAUAUAGCAUUAAAAUUUUACCUCUUAAGUACCAAAUUUCCAUUUCCUUAAACUUCUUUAAUCCUAAUCUUUAAUCUUACUCUAUCUAUAACUUUAAAUCCUGUACAGCUGGAAACCACUUAUUUUCAAUCCAACAUCACUCUAACAUUCUUUAAUUUUGCAGUGUUUCUGUAGAUAAUCUUUGAAUUUCUUCCAAUCUUCCUCCACCGACUCUUCUCCCUGGUUACGGAUUCUGCCAGUCAUUUCCGCCAGUUCCAUAUAGUCCAUCAGUUUCAUCUGCCAUUCCUCCAGCGUGGGAAGUUCUUGUGUCUUCCAAUACUUUGCGAUGAGUAUUCUUGCUGCUGUUGUUGCAUACAUAAAGAAAGUUCUAUCCUUUUUUAACACCAUUUGGCCGCCUAUGCCCAAGAGAAAGGCCUCUGGUUUCUUGGGGAAGGUAUAUUUAAAUACCUUUUUUAAUUCAUUAUAUAUCAUUUCCCAGAAAGCCUUAAUCUUUGGGCACGUCCACCAAAGGUGAAAAAAUGUACCUUCAGUUUCUUUACAUUUCCAACAUUUAUUAUCGGGCAAAUGAUAGAUUUUUGCAAGCUUGGCUGGGGUUAUGUACCACCUGUAUAUCAUUUUCAUAAUAUUCUCUCUUAAGGCAUUACAUGCCGUAAAUUUCAUACCUGUGGUCCACAACUGUUCCCAGUCAGCAAACAUAAUGUUAUGUCCAACGUCUUGUGCCCAUUUAAUCAUAGCCGAUUUUACCGUUUCAUCCUGAGUGUUCCAUUUCAGCAGCAAGUUAUACAUUCUUGACAAAUUCUUAGUUUUGGGUUCUAACAGUUCAGUUUCUAAUUUUGAUCUUUCCACCUGGAAGCCAAUUUUCUUGUCCAAUUUAAAUGCCUCCAUUAUCUGAAAAUAAUGAAGCCCGUCUCGCACUUUGUUGUUUAGUUUUUCAAAACUCUGCAAUUUCAGUCUAUCUCCAUCUUGUUCCAAAAUUUCCCAAUAUUUCGGCCAUUUGACCUCCAUAUUGAGCUUUUUCAAGGCUUUCGCUUCCAUUGGUGACAGCCACCUUGGGGUUUUGUUUUCUAACAAAUCCUUAUAUCUUAUCCAAACAUUAAACAGCGCUUUCCUGACAAUGUGGUUUUUAAUUUAUUUUACUCCAUGAAGGAAGGACUACAAAAUGGGGAAGGUUUGAUACAGGGCAGCCAUAAUCCCUUGAGCAUCCCAGCACAUACACAGGAGCCCUGCCCAGUUGCUAUGCCAACCCUGAUGGUCCUAGACAGAAGACCAUCAAGAUCACAAAGAACUUGCAUAUGGGAGUGGAUUUAGCACGGACUGGAACAAAGGACAAUAAUCAGCUCUUCCCUCUGGGGGCGGGAAACUGCAAACUCCCCUCUGUCACUUGGAAAGUACUCAUGGGGAGGGGGAAAGAGGGAACCAGCCAGGUGACAGGACACUCAGGUUACCACCACAACUCCUCCCUCAACCCCUCCUUUCUGUGAUGUAGGUAUGAUGUAUCUGAGGGGUGGUCUUGAUCUACAGGGUGGCAAUUUCAAAAGUCUUUAUAAGGCCUUGCACACCAUUUUUCUGGGUCCUUCCUCUCUCCUGCAAGUGAGGGGAGCAACCUGUUGCAACAGAUCAAUAAAGGCCAAGCCUACAGGCUGCUGUUUUGCUCCAAGUUAUCCUGGUUGGUGUCUUUGUUUUUGUCCAAGGGAGCCCUUGGAUUUUUCCGUUAACAGCACUCUUACAACUACCCUGACACCAUUCUACCCCACACUGGUAAUCUGAACCCCGCCCCCUCCAGGCCUUAAAUCUGAAGAUAAUGUACUCCAAACUCCACCUUCUUCCUGAUUACUGGCUUUGAGCUGUUUAUUCGGGGGAAUAUGGGGAUUCAGCAAGUUCUCUCUUUCUGUUUCCUUCUUUCCUAGCAUCCAAUGACCUUGCAAGAUGUUGAUUGGCUUUUUCAGAGAUGAGGAGGGAUUCCUGCUGCAAAACUGAGCCUUGCAUGGGAGCGUCAUGGAGGGAAACGACGAGAACAUGAGCUGCCUAGGUAAUACACACACACACACACACACACAUAUAUAUAUAUAUAUAAAAUGGCACAACAGGGAAAAGGAAAAGGAAAAAGCAUACUCAGUUCUUACAUGAGCUGGUAUAAAAACAGCCCACAGCAAUAACACAUUUUGGGUCUUUCAGUAGAGUGGAUGGAAUGAGUCGUUGCUUCCCAUAUCUAUCUACCAUGGGGGCAACCACAAGGAUCAUCAUAAUGGAGUGAAUUAACAAGGACACACUGUGCCUGUCUCUCCCCUGACACAAGUCAUCAUACAGGGUGAGAAAAGCAGGAAAACCAGUUUCAUCCAAGAGCACCUGGAUCUAGUCAAAUAUAUCGUAUUUUCCUCAAAUUCAUUUUGUCCUUAAGGCAGCAUACUUUUUUUAAAAAAAAAAAGUACUGCACUGACGUAGUCGUGAUACAAUUAAAAUUUAGUUACCAUAUUUUUCUGUGAAAAAGACGGUGCUUUUUAAGGGGGUUUUCUUAUACACAGAUAUUGAAGAGAGGGGACACAUGAUUGGUGGCAGUUGCAAGCAAGAGAUUGUCAGCAGCAAUUAGGCAUGUGAUUGGUGGCUGCAGCAAGGCCUGCUGGCGAUUGGCUGGUGCGACAAUUUGGUGGGCGAUUAGUGGCUGCUGGCUGUGAGCGUGCUUGGGAUUGGUGGCUUCGGAGAGGCGUGUGAUUGGCAGUGGCGGUCAGGCGGAUGAGCGAUUGUCGGGAAUCCUCCUCACCCAAAAUAGCUUAACAACUCUGGGCAAUCUCUCCCCCCCCCACUUCCUUUAUUUGUGGUCCCUAAAAAUAGGGGUUCUCUUAUACACGGGGGCGUCUUAUGCACUGAAAAAUACAGUAUCUGUGUACAGUGGUGCCCCGCAAGACGAAUGCCUCGCAAGACGGAAAACCCGCUAGACGAAAGGGUUUUCCGUUUUGGAGGUGCUUCGCAAAACGAAUUUCCUAUGUGCUUGCUUCGCAAGACGAAAAUGUCUUGCGAGUUCCUGCGGGGUUUUUUCCCUUUCCCCCCCUUUUUCCCAAGCCGCUAAACCGCUUAUCAGCUGAUGGCUAAACCGCUUAUCAGCUGAUCUUUAAGCCGCUUAACAGCUGAUGCUAAGCCGCUUAUCAGCUGAUCUUUAAGCCGCUUAACAGCUGAUGCUAAGCCGCUUAUCAGCUGAUCGUUAAGCCGCUUAUCAGCUGAUCUUUAAGCCGCUUAUCAGCUGAUCGUUAAGCCGCUUAUCAGCUGAUCUUUAAGCCGGCUAAGCCGCUAAUACUGUAGCGCUAAGCCACUAAACCUCUAAUGGGCUUGCUUCGCAAGACGAAAAAACCCGCAAGACGAAGAGACUCGCGGAACGGAUUCUUUUCGUCUUGCGAGGCACCACUGUAAUGCUAAAUAUCUAAUGAUUAACAGUUCAUUUAACAUACAUAUCAGAUUUUAAGUCGGCAAGAAACUGGCUAAAAGGUCGGGUAAGUGCAGUUUUUAGAGCUCACCAUGAACACCUCCCUUGUUCUCUUAGAAUGGCAAUGGCACCCACCUGAAAGGUGCUGGAACGGAAUUCUGGCUGGAAAAAGGCCAAUAUAUUAGUGCAUGGGAGCUCCGCCCCUCCUUAAAAUAAGAUGUUUUAUACUUCUCAGUUCUUUUGGCCGUAGCUCUUAAAGGCCCCCUCUUAAAGGUUCAGAGAACUGGGGGUUGAGCAAGUCAGAUGAUUCCACCCCUUGCAUACACACACCCUUUCUUAGCUUUGUGCAGCAUUGAGUUCCAUAGAUGAACAACACAAAUAUUCAUUGUUUCCAAAGUUCACGUUCUCAUUUUCCUGUUUACCAUUUGUCACAGGAAAUGGCAUCGGGGAGAAGAACAUUUGUAGUUCUUCUGGGAAGUGUUUUACUGGGAAACUUGAUCUUGUCAAACACCAGAGAGUCCAUCAUGGACACAAGCCGCACAAAUGCCUGCAAUGUGAGAAACAGUUUGCUCUACGGUGUCAACUAGUGAGACACAAGAGAAUCCACAAGGGAGAGAAGGAAUACGAAUGCCCUGAGUGCAAGAAGACGUUUACCUGCUCAGAAAACCUUAUGAUCCACCAGAGAGUCCACACAGAGGAGAAACCUUAUGAAUGCAGGGAGUGUGGCAAAUACUUUUCCCAAAAAUAUAACCUUGUGAUCCACCAGAGAUCCCACAAUGGAGAGAAACCUUAUGGGUGUGGGGAGUGUGGCAAACGUUUUUCUCAAAAAGCUUACCUUGUGAUCCACCAGAGAUCCCACACUGGGGAGAAACCUUACAGAUGUGGGGAGUGUGGCAAAUGUUUUUCUCUAAAAGCUCUCCUUGUGAUCCACCAGAGAUCCCACACUGGAGAGAAACCUUACGAGUGCAUCGAGUGUGGGAAAUGGUUUGCUGAACCAUCUACUUUCAGGCGCCACCAGAAAGACCACACUGGAGAGAAACCUUACAAGUGCAUAGAGUGUGGCAAAUGUUUUUCUCGUAAAGUUCACCUUGUGAGACAUCAGAGAUCCCACACUGGAGAGAAACCUUAUGAGUGCACUGUAUGUGGAAAAUGGUUUGCCGAACAAUAUCCUCUCAGGCGCCACCAGAAAGUCCACACUGGGGAGAAACCUUACAAGUGCAUAGAGUGUGGCAAAUGUUUUUCUCAAAAAACUAACCUCGUGUCUCACCACCGGAGAGUCCACAUGGGAGAAAAACCUUACAAAUGUAUGGACUGUGGGAAGGGCUUUGCUGAAAAAGGUGAUUUGAUGAACCACCAGAGAGUCCACACAAGAGAGAAACCAUACAAAUGCAUGGAAUGUGGGAAAAGUUAUGCUUUCCACUCAGCCGCUUUGUUACACAAUAAAAUCCACACUGGAGAGAAACCCUAUAAAUGCACAGCGUGUGGGAAAUGGUUUGCCAACCAAUCUUCCCUCAGGCAACACCAGAAAUUCCACACUGGAGAGAAACCUUACGAGUGCAUGGACUGUGGGAAGUGUUUUGUUGCCAACUCUACAUUGGUGAUCCACCAGAGAGUUCACACAGGAGAGAAACCUUACAAGUGCACCGAGUGUGGAAAAUGUUUUCAACGCGACUCACACCUCGCGAAACAUCGGAUAAUCCAUACAGAGGAGAGAAAUCAUAAGUGCCCUGUGUGUGGGAAAUGUUAUCCUGACAAGUCUACCUUGGUUGUCCACCAGAGAGCCCACACGGGGGAGAAGCCAUAUAAAUGCACCGUGUGUGGGAAAUGUUUCACUUACAGUGCGAGUUAUAGAAAGCACCAGAUAAUUCACACUGGAAAGAAAUGUGAGAACACCGUCUCUUGAGAAUGGGGCAUACACUAUCUGGCAUAAAGUCCAGUGUUCUCCCCCACCACCCAUAACAGUAAAUUUUAGAAAGUACCAGGGAUUAAGGUGGGGGUUAAUUUUCUCACUGAUAACACCAUUUUUAACAAAGGGAUACAGGGUGGAUCCAGGAAAUUACAGGUGGGUUCCCAGAAUGUCUGUACAUGGAAAACUGCUGGUAAGUUUUAAAAAUAGAACAACUUUGCAUACAGUAAGAGAGCUCAAGAGACUCUUUUGAGGCUCAAGUUUUAUUUCUUGAUGAGCAUGGGCCACACAGACUUUUCUUUUUAAUGCAUUACAAACACACAUUGCAGGAUGGGGGUACCUUGAAAGAAGUUACUGCUAUUCCCACCUUGUAUGUUACUCAGAUGUAGAUCCCAUGGAGUUUAAUGGAGCUUUCCCCCUGAGAGCUGUAGAAAUGAUGGCGAAAAUAAUAAUUUCAUAAAACUAUCAUUUUGAUUAUUCCAUUUUGUUUUGAGUCAUUGCCCAGCCACAUUGAAAAGGCCCAUUGCUAGGCAUGCGGAUUGUGAUUCAUCUUGAAUUGUUAUUCAGGUAGAUGAAAGAAGAUAUUGGGAGACAUUUAAUGAAUAGGAAAAUCAGUGUCUCAACAAACGAAGAGAUGAUAUUAUGAUGAGGGCUGAUCGGAAGAGCUAUGUGAUAUUUGAUUGGCUCAGGAUGGUGACAGUGGGUUGGUGACUAGUCAGAUUGCUGCAAUACUUUGAUGGUGAAAUGAAAUCACAUAUGUAAUCUAGAAGUGUAUAUUGAACAUUUUUGAGGCUGUCCCUUUGUGCAUUUGUACUUCAAUAAAGGCCUGUCUUUUCACUUGGA